AUCCUGUUUCGGAGACGAUGACAUGUUGAAAGGGGCAAUUUUCUAUCAGGAUUAAAUAGCUGUGUUAACGGAACAGGUUUAUCUGAAGUCAAUCUGUUUUUUAACGAAUAUAGUCGUGCAUAUUAUGAUAGUCAUUUCAAAACAUGACGUCAUAUGAAUGAAAACUCAAAAGCAGAAGGUUUAUCCGUUGCGUGAACCCUCCAAAUUCGGACAAUAUUGCAUUAAAUGGAGUUUUGAGUUCUCAUACUGUAAAGGAAAGCUGAAUGAUAGAUAAUAGAGAGAGAUGGAUGAAGGACGCUUAGGAAUAGUUCGACGUCAGGAAAACAGUCGCAGAAAAUUCGUUUUCAUGUUAAAUGAAGUAAUGAGAUCGCAGUGCAAUGUCGUGGAUGAAUGCAUUUCAAGAGAAAAAUUUGAAAUUGGAGUUAAAUACGACAAAUCGUUUGUUCCAAUAAGAAGAGCGGUUGUAAAACAGCGAGUACUUCAAAAAUGUUUAAAAAUGAAACGGGAUCCUAAAAAAAUUACAAACAGAAACUUGGGUGUUUAUGGCGGGAAACCUUUAUAUACGUUUUCCCGAGAUAUUGACAAAUUUAUUGCUGAUAUGCACCCGCGUUUAAGACGAUUGAAACAAGCUGAAAAAGCGCUUACAGAAAGUAUUGAAAAGGGUAAAAUAUUAGAUCCAAAGAAAGUUCCUCUGAAGAUAGAACAGUAUUUUAAGAAAAACUGGAAAAACGACAUCGAAGAGAAGGUACAGAAACCAAAGCCUGCAGUAGUACAAGAGAGCAAGGACAUAUUCAAAAAUACACGAAAUAUGUUGCCUCCUAUUAGAGGAAUGAUAAAUCCAUACAGUAAAAGAAUAUGGAAUGAUUAUCCCGACGAAAAUGACAAUGAUAGAACCGAUGAAUCAUCGACACAUUUGGUAGAGGAAGACCGUAUGAAAUCAAAAGAACCUCAAAUAUAUAAUGACUCGAAACAUCAAGGUGCAAUAAAUAAAAAUCUUCCUUCUGAACAAGCAAAUAACAAAAUUGAUGUAACAAAAAGCAGCGUGUCACGUGAGAAAACAAAGGGGUUAUUAAUUUUGCCGCCAAUACAACAAACAAGACAGAUGGUUCAACGGUGAAUUUCAUAUUGAUAUCAUGGAAUGUUAGAUUGUAUUUCAAAAAUGUCGGUUUGUGCAGAAAUAUCAAAAUCGCACACAUAUUUAUACAAACACAUUAUUAAAAGUAAUCUGCUGUAUUCAACAUUUACGUUUUCAAAACAUUUAUACCUGAUUAUUUCCCUACUGAAAGAAGUACUUCAACGGCACAAAUAUUUGUCAUAUUAUAUUUUCUAAAUUAAAAGAAAAUAUGUUGCGUAACUUUGUAAUUUGUUAUAUGUUUGGUUAAAUGUAUCUUGUAUUUGAAGGUAGCAUUUAUUUACAUAUUUAGUUUCAUAAUUUUUAAGGAUGUACUCGGGUGAGGUUUAUGAAUUUUUGUCAGAUGUUCGGACUUCUUGGUUUUUUUUCCUACGAUACAGGGUAAAAUAUUUUGCCCCUUUUCACCCACUUUUCUUUUCAUAGACGAGUUUAAUAACUCACAAAAAAGUCAUUACCAAAAUUUAAGCAGAUUCUAGAUUUUUUUUUAACGAUUUGAGACCCAAAUAAUGCCAAUGCUAAAGAUGAGGUAAAAGUCAGAGUCAGCCUUUUCCCGCCAUUUUUUAAAAAUCAAAUAUUGCAAAAAGGAGUUCCAUAACCUAUCAACAUUUUUAGCUUAUUUUGUUCCUUUAUUAAUGCUCUUCUGACUUAUAGUAUCAAUUCUAAAUUCUAUUUUUUUAAUUUCACCUAAAUACAUCCUUUUAAGACAAUUGGUAUAUAUCUUAUUUAUGAUCAUGACGUACAAGUAUUUUUGUGUUUCUAUGGACAAACAAAAUAUCCUGCAUUUAAUUACUUAUUAUACACAGUAUUUUCAUAAGGAACAACGUACUUUUAAAAGAGUCACUAUUGUUAAAUCAGAUUUUUUUUUCAAAAUUUAAAAAAGAAGAUACCAUGCACGCGGACAUAGUUAGUACGAGGUAGACAGGCAGUAUUCUAAGUUUCGUUAUUGUCCUUUUUUUAAUAACAUAAUGCGUUAUGUGAUAUGAUGUACAUGUAGUGUACUGAAAUUGAAAAAAAAACUGCAUUUGGCAAAUGUUACCUGAACCAUCAAGUAAAUACAUAUACCAAUAUGAUCUGAUUAUUUCCACAAUAAUCUUAACAAGCGCUUUCCCGCUCAUAUUCAUUAUCUUUAGAAUUUGAAUUUAACCAUGAUAUUAUAUUUUGAUGUGGCAACAAAUACCUUGUUAAGCACUACAGAAACAAAUUUGUUUGUAAUUUUAGGAUUUAUAACAGACUAUCUUCUAAAAUUACAAACUAAAAUGGCGGGAAAAGGCUGACUCUGACUUUUACCUUAUCUUUAGCAUUGGCAUUAUUUGGGUCUCAAAUCGUAAAAAAAAUAUCUAGAAUCUGCUUAAAUUUUGGUAAUGACUUUUUUGUGAGUUAUUAAACUCUUCUAUGAAAAAUGUUGUAAAAUGUAAAUGGAAAGCAACCAACAAAAAGCCAAAAAGAAGUUCCCUUUUCAAAUAUAGCAAAACUAUUAUAGGCUCCUUUAUAUUACACAAACUGUGACGUGU